AUGGGCGAGAAAGCUAAUGCAGAAGCAGGUCCGUCGCGGCCAUCCUCUCUGUCGCUUAGAAAAAAGUCCGCCAAGGGUAGUAAGCCUUUCAAGCAACACAACAAAUCGAGGGCACUUUCCGAAGCCCAUGCAAUCGAUGCAUUAGACAGACAGGCAGUGGAGUUUGAAGCACCUCCUGACCUGAUUAAUUUCGCCGACCUGCCUGUAUCCGCCAGCACCAAGAAGGGUCUAAAGUUGCCGGGCUUCGUUAAGAUGACUGAAAUCCAAGCGAAGAGUAUACCUUUGUCACUCAAGGGAAAGGAUGUACUUGGUGCUGCCCGUACGGGUAGUGGAAAGACGCUCGCAUUCCUAGUGCCCGUUCUCGAAAUUCUCUAUCGGAAAAAGUGGGGUCCGCAAGAUGGUCUAGGAGCGCUGAUUAUAUCGCCAACAAGAGAACUAGCAGUACAGAUAUUCGAGGUGCUACGAUCUAUUGGAGGGUACCAUACCUUCUCGGCUGGGCUUGUAAUAGGAGGAAAGAAUCUGAAGGACGAAAAGGAGCGGCUUAAUCGCAUGAACAUCCUUGUUGCAACACCUGGGCGACUAUUGCAGCAUAUGGACCAAACCUUCGGUUUUGACUGCGAUAAUUUACAGAUGCUUGUCCUCGACGAGGCUGAUAGGAUUUUGGACAUGGGUUUUUCACGAACAGUAAAUGCCCUCCUCGAACAUCUCCCUCGCUCCCGUCAGACCCUACUAUUCUCCGCAACGCAAACAGACUCUGUUAAAGACCUUGCCCGGCUCAGUCUCAAGGAUUCGGUAUUCGUUUCGGUGAAAGAGGAAGGGUCACAUGCAGCCACCCCAAAAUUAUUGGAGCAACACUAUGUUGUUUGCGAGCUGGACAGAAAACUUGAUAUUCUCUGGUCUUUCAUCAAGAGUCAUCUACAGAGCAAGGUUCUUGUUUUCUUUGCUAGUGGGAAACAGGUCCGCUUUGUCUUCGAGACGUUCUGCAAACUUCACCCUGGUUCCCCCCUCAUGCAUUUACACGGUAAACAAAAGCAAGCCACCCGGCUCGGUACAUGUGCAAAAUUUACUUCGAUGAAACAUGCUGUUCUUUUCGCAACCGAUCUCGCCGCUCGUGGGCUUGACUUCCCCUCUGUUGACUGGGUCCUCCAGGUCGAUGCACCGGAAGACGCGGAGACAUAUAUCCACCGCGUGGGACGUACGGCGCGUUACGAAAGUAGAGGGAAGGGAUUGCUGCUAUUAUGUCCCAGUGAAGAAGAGGGGAUGCUCGAGGCUUUGAAGAAAAAAGAGAUAGUAGUUGAGAAGAUAAAGAUUAAGGCAAGCAAGACGCAAAGCAUCGAGAAGCACCUACAGAAUCUGGCAUUCCAAGAUCCGGAGAUCAAGUAUCUCGGUCAAAGGGCGUUUGUAUCGCACAUGCGAUCUGUCUACCAGCAAAAAGACAAAUCGAUAUUCAAGAUCGACGAACUUCCUGCUGAACGCUUCGCUGCGUCGUUAGGUCUUCCUGGAGCACCGAAAAUUAAGUUUCUGUCUAAAGAGGCGGUCAAGAAAAGAAAGAAUGCUUCGUAUCUCGAGAAAUCUGCACAACUCGAGAAUCAUCGUAUACUUAAUGACGAUGAUGAGCAUGAGGAUAGCAGUCCAUCUUCCGAGGGAGAGCCAGAGGGCGCACGGAGUCAGAAGCAGAAAGAGGAUGCAUUACAACCAAAGAAGAACGGAGUCCGCACAAAGUAUGAUCGCAUGUUUGAACGAAAGAACCAAAGCAUCCUCUCAGAGCAUUAUACCAAGCUCGUUGAUCAUAGCGCCGAUGUCGACACCGCAGCGGACGACGAAGACGAUUUCAUCACUCUAAAGCGAGCAGAUCACGACCUUCCAUUCGCUCUUCCUAUCUCCGCCUCUCAUUCCAAACGCAAGCUCAAAAUGGGUCAGUCAAAGAAAGCCAUGGCUAAAUACCAUGGCCACGGCGAGAAAUUGCUUUUCGACGACGAGGGUAACGCGCAUCAAGUGUACGAGAUGCAUGAUGUGGAUGAAGAAUUCAAAGAUCAGGAUAUUGCGGAGGCUGCGCGGGACUUUGCAGCUGGUGAACGAGGAAGGAUGAAGGAGGCGGACGUACAGGAUAAGGAGUUGGCGCGGGAGAAGAAGAAGGAAAAGAAGAGGAAGAGAAAGGAACGCGAGAAUCAAGAACGAGCGGCAACGGGCACUGCCGGAGCGCAAAUCGAACCCGCCGGUGACGAAGGUUACGAGUCCCCAGAUUUCGACUUUAUUCGUUCGGGAAGUGAGGGUGAAGAAAAUGGGGAGGCACGUCCAGUAAAAAGGAGCAAGCUUGGGUUGAGGCAAGAGCAUAGACGAGGAGGCACCGGUAUACCAACAUCAUUGGAAGACGAGGAGACAUUAGCUUUGAGACUUCUUGAGCGUUAA